CGCCUCUUCCUUUCACCGAGAGAAACGAUGAGCGAUCUGAUCGCCGCAGCAGCGGAUCCGUCUACGGCGAGCGAACCCACGGCCACCUUCGACACGGCGCGAGUCGCCGAGGUGAAAUCAUGGCUCGCUUCGCAGUUCGACGCGGUGGGGAAGGACGUCCCCGAGUUCGAGUACACGCCGCGGAGCAUCGCGCAUCUCCACGCGCUUGCAAUUCUCUCCCAAGCCAAGACGCAGGCGGCCGGGAUCGUCGCGUCGGACCUCCGCCAGAAGGCCGCGGAGUAUCGCUCCCAAGCUGUCAGAAUUAGAGAGAUUUUGGAGAAUGUGGGAUUGGCCCAGGAGAGUCUGUCGCCAAAUGCUGUUACUUCAGCGCAGGUUCUAGCAAAUGUUGCAAAUUUGUUGAAUAUAAGGGAUACUGAAAUGAGUAGUUUCCUUGUGGCAAUGGGAGAUAUUUCUUUGAGAAAGACUGGUAUAGAGGAGAACAGGGAUACUGUAAAGAAGGAAUCGGAAGUUCUCCUUGACUAUACAAGGAAGGCUCUUGCAAGGCUGACUUAUUUGAAAAAAACCUUUCAAAAGUUGGACGAUGAGGUAGCUUCUUGUGAGGCUCAAAUGCAUCAUUGGAAGACAAACUUGGCCAUUAUGGUCUCGAAAGAACGGCAAUACAAUCAACAAUAUUCUAAUUACAAGGCAUUACUGAAUCGAGUAGGUUACACUCCCGAGAUUAGCCAUGGCGUGCUGGUGGAUACAGCUGAGCAUAAAAAGGAGUUGGAGAAGAAAACAAAGCCCAUUUUGGAUACCUUGAGGAGCUAUCAGGACUUACCUCCCGAUAAAGCUCUUGCUGCUUUGGCCAUUGAGGAGAAAAGAAGGCAAUACAGAGCUGCUGAAAAGUGCCUCGAAGACGUACUGCAGUCAGCUCUUGCCACUACAGAAUAAUGAGCUAGGUGCGUGUACUAUUCAUAUUACAUCGAAAUGUAGACUCAAUUCAAUGUUGAUGAUUUUUUAUUCUUUAUUUUUAAAGAGAACCAUAUCAUUGAGCUCCA